UAAAUAUCAUCUCCAUCUUCAGCUUGCAAUAGGAGUCGACCACUUCGGGCAACGUAAGGGAAGCAGCCUCUCAUUUUUCACGGCAGUUAAGGCCCAAAUUUUCAGAAUGUAUUUUGUUUGAUGGGACAUUGGUGUUGCAGUGGAUCAUCUGGUGAGCAAUGCUGGAAUAACUCACAUCAUCAGCUCGUUUGAGGAUUCCAGUCAACUCUCUGAAUUUGCUCCCGCUAUGGACACAAAUUUCUGGGUUCCAGCAUAUUGCUCCUAUUUUGCAAUUCCACGUCUAAGAAAAACCAGGGAAGAUAGUUGUUGUAGCUUCAACCGCAGGCUGGUUUCCUACUCCAAAAUUGACCUUUUACACGCAAGCAAGGCGGCACAAAUAAGCUUAUUUGAGACAUGAAGGGCUGAAUUCGAAUCAGAUAUUGGAAUAACUAUAGUCACUGAAUAUUGUUUGCAGGUUCAAAUGAACUCUGUCCCGGCUGAGUCCACCGAUGAAAGCGCCAAAGCAAUUGUAAACAGUGCUUGCCGCGGAGACAAAUAACCUAACGGAACCGUCCUGGUACGUUGUGGGGUUUCUGUUUAAGCUGUUUUAUCCUGUGGUGCUUCCUUUGGCGCUUUAUGAGUAGACGAAACGACGGCCAUUAAAUUGAUGCCAUUGCCAACCUCAAUUAUAUUGGAAGCAAACCCAAGGCAGAAGAAGAUAUGGGAAUGGCUUUGUUGUUGACAAGGAUACGUACCUGCCCUUUCAAGGCACUGCAACCGUAACAGCCGAUUGGUGAAAUUUUGAAGGUGAAUCAAUCCACCACCUCUAGUGACUGGACCGAUCUACCACCCCUAAUGGAUGAGACUUUGUUGGCUCGAAGCAAUUCAAGAUGAGUUAGCUAGUAUACAACAGACCUUUCAGUUCAAGUCUCAGUAAAGCUAGGGGCAGAAUGAAUAAAAUAAAGGCAGUAUAAACAGAGGAGAGCUACGUGUUGAAUUCCCUACAUGCAACACUGCUACGUUGCAAACCGCUUAGGCCUUGAAAGCAAUGAAAUUUAGUUCCACGCACUUUGAUCACUAGCUCUAGUGUUUCUGUCUCGCUUCUCAUCAUUCCUUACAAGCUAUGGAUUUGAUCAGGAAGUUCAUGAAUGCCAUCGUUGCUACUAUAUCCCUUAUUGCACUCUUCUUUCUCCUUCAUCAUUAUCUUUUUUUGAAGUCCCUCCUCUCCAUUCUAACAACCAUAUUCAAGGAAAGUGUGAUUGGAAAAGUGAUACUCAUCACUGGAGCAUCCUCGGGCAUCGGCGAGCAUCUCGCACUUGAGCAUGCUAGGAGAGGAGCUCGUUUAGCCCUUGUUGCCAAGAGAGAGCAUCGUCUCCAAGAAGUAGCUGCCAUUUGUGAGAUCAUUGGCUCCCCUGAAGCUAUCUACAUCCUUGGAGAUCUCUCCAAGAUUGGAGACUGUAAGCGGUUUGUUGGCGCCACCGUAAGCCACUUUGGGCAUUUGGAUCAUUUGUUCACCAGUGAUGGGGUUGCUCCUGUCUGCCUGUUUGAACAUUAUGACGAUGUCACUAAAGCUUGGCCGGCUAUGGACAUAAACUUCUGGGGUUCAGUCUACAACUAUUUUGCACAGCGACAGCUAAAGAAGAGCAAAGGGAAGAUCACAGUGAUAGCAUCAUACGGCGCGUGGUUAUUUGCACCAAGAAUGAACUUCUAUGAUGCAAGCAAAGCAGCACUCAUUAGCUUCUACGAGACAUUGAGGAUUGAAUUUCGGACUCAAAUUGGAAUUACAAUUGUGACACCAGGAUUGAUCAAGGCAGAGAUGACAGAAGGGAAAUUCCUAUCCAGGGAAGGAAAAUUGGUAGUAGAUCGAGAAAUGAGAGACGUUCAAGUCAGUCUGAUGCCAUUAGAGUCAGGUGAGAAGUGUGCCAAGGCAGUAGUUGACAGUGCCUGCCGUGGGGAGAAUUACUUGACGGUGCCAUCUUGCACCAAGGCGACAUUAAUCUGGAAGGUGUUUUGCCCUGCGAUAAUAGAAUGGUGGAACCGCUUGCUGUUAAUGACAGGGCAUGGAUCUUCCCACAGGGAUGUACCUAGCAAGAAGAUAUUCGAUGUAGCCAGUGGGGUGAAGAAGUUUUCUCUCUGGAUGGGAGCCCCGUUUCCUAAGAUCGUCAUCAAAGCACCAUGAACCAAGGUAGGGGCAUGAAAUGUCAUCUGUCUUCUGAAAUAAAAACAUAGGUUGCAGGCUUGCAGCAGAAAGUAAUAAAGUUACAUGUUUAAAUUAUGGCAAAGCUUAGACUCAACAGUGGUAAUUCCUUUCUAUGGCUGGAAACAUGCAUUAAUAGGAGUAAAAUUGCGUUUUGUUCGUUGUGUACAAUAGAAUAUGAAUGCAAGCAUUUAUA